ACUUUGUUUCACUGUGAGUAACAUUAAUAGCCACACUGUAGAAAAUAUACACAGGCUGUAUUACAGGGGCCUGAUUGUUAUGAAUCCACAUGGGACAAUGUCUCACUAUCCACUUCUUUAAAUACCACCUCUAAAAAUGGCCUGGAGAGGAAGUGGUAUGUGAGUGUCCUGUCACAGGUGGCGAGCAGCAUUGCAGUGACAGAUGCGUCACAGCGACAAGUCAAGGUGAAUGCCAUUUAUCUCUGGCAGGAUCGUGACACUGUGACCCACCCAUGUGAUCUGCUUUCACUAUUAGUGAAGCAUGAGCUCCUUAAAAUCUCGCUUGCUGGAACAUCUACAGAGUUGCAAAUAACCCCCUAAGGAUUUGUGAAAGUAACAUAAGGACUGUCUCUCAGUCUAACAACUCAGUCCAGCAGAGUGACAUGAAAGCUCAGUGUCAGACAUGCAAAAAAAUAACCAGGAUCGUCUCAUGAGGCAAAGGGAAGCGAUCAGAUGCAGACUGAAGAAACUGAAUGGCAAGCAAAAUCAAAUCAAAUCAAAGUCCUCUGCAAUGAGAGAAAGUAUAGUGAAGAAGUAUGAAGCAAUGCGGAGAGUUCUGGAGGAGGACUGUAGGAUCUCUCUGUCCCUGCUGGAGAUGGAGGAGACGGCUGCAGUUCGAGCGCUGGAAAACCUCAUUGAGGCAAACGGCGUCCUGCUCAGAGACAUUGAGGUUCAGCUGAAUGAAGGGAUGAUGGACAGUGACAUACAACUUGGUGACAGGGUGAGCCUUUUAUCAGCAGAACAAUUGGAGUUGCUGGAAUCGACAGACCCAGGUCUCAUUAAACUUGAUGAGGCCAAAUCAGAUCAGCUACUGGGCCUCACCAACAAUUUACUACUGUUUAUCCGCUCACAGAUCCCCAUCGCUAAGAGGCUGCUGAAGAGCUAUUCCUCAGAAGUGGUCCUGGACCCUUCCACUGCCCAUCCCAAGCUGAUUAUUUCAUCUGAAGGGAACUGUGCCACUUUCACAGAUGUAUGGCAAGAUGUCCCUGAGCAUGAGGGACGCUUUGAUACCACCCUUAAUGUCUUAAGCAUCCAAUGCUGGGACUCUGGUCACCAUUACUGGGAAGUAGAUGUGAGUGGAAAGAUCUACUGGGAACUGGGUCUCACCUACCCAUCCAUCUCAAGAAAAGGCCAAAAGGAGGACUGCUGGUUGGGCCGACAUGCUGAAUCUUGGUGUUUGGAGUACUUUGACGGAGACUACAAUGCUUGGCAUGGAGGUACUGCUCAUCCUUUACCCAUUUCCACCUGCUUCCAUCGGAUAGGGAUCUUCUGCAGUUUUCCUGGAGGUCUGGUGACAUUUUUAGGGGUGGAUAGCAUGACUCCGCUCUACUCUUUCUGUGCAGGGACAUUUACAGACUCUCUACAUCUGGCUCUUUGUCCAGGUCAUGAUCUUCAGGGGACAAAUUCAAAGCCUAUUAGGAUCUGUUGAUCAUGUUGUAGAAUUUAGAAGAUAAAGUAGGCCUUCCUAGCACAGGGUUGUUUGAUUUCACUCUGCCUUUGUGUAGAUUAGAUUUGUUAGUUUGUAUUUUCCAAAGCUAAAAAUGAAACGUUAUGAAAUUUUGUAGAGUAACAGGUGAUUCAGUUGCACUGCGAACCUUUAACAAAUGUGAUGGCAUUCAUAAUCAUUUGGAAGAAUCAGCACUUCAAAAUGGUAUGGUAAAAGAUAUGCAAAUACAUUUACAUGCCAUAUGUACACUACCUUUCAAAAGUAUAGGGUUAGCAAAAAGAACAGCUCACCAUGACUGCAUUUCUUUGACAAAAAUACAGUAAAAAAAGGCAAUAUUGUGAAAUAUUAUUACAGUUUAAAAUAACAGUUUUCUAUUUUAAUAUAUUUUCAAAAUGGAUUUUAUCCCUGAAAUGGCAAAUUUGAAUUCCAGCAUCAUUACUCCAGUCUUCAGUAUCACAUGAUACUUUAAAAAUCAUUCUGAUUUGCUCAAGAAACAUUACUUAUUAUUAUCAAAGUUGAAAACAUUUGUGUUGCUUAAUAUUGUGUGGAAACUGAGAUACAUUUAUUUCAAAAGUCUUUUAAAAGUUCAAAAGAACAGCAUUUAUUUGAAUUAAAAAAAAUAUUGUUACAUAAUUAAGGCUGUUACUGUCCUUUUCAAUCAAUUUAAUUCAUCCUUGUUGAAUAAUAAAAUGUAUUCAUUUCUGCUGUCUUCAAACUUUUGAACCUUUUAGUGUAAAGCUAACAAGAA